AUGUUAAUCAAAGUGAGGACACUUACCGGGAAGGAGCUCGAGAUUGAUGUUGACUCCGAUGCAAAGAUUUUCACAAUCAAAGAAAAGGUCGAGGAGCAACAGGGCAUUCCGCCGGUCCAGCAGCGGCUCAUUUUUGGUGGAAAGCAAUUAGACGAUGAUAAGCAUAUAACGGAAACGAAUAUUGUAGCAGGAUCUACUCUGCAUCUAGUACUUGCUCUUCGUGGCGGACGAUGA